AUUGAGUACACGCGUUGAUUGGUCAGCCUUACCUAGCUCGGGAGGUCUCUGGGAGGUCACGUGCUCAGGCGCUUCGCUUGGCUGUGGGCCGUCCAAGCAAGUCUCUGGUUGCGGGUUUGCAAGUGUUUGUUUUCGCGUCGAAGCGGUUCUUGGUGCUGGGAUAUCUGGGUUCGCUCACGGCGCUGGUCAGUCUAUUUCUUUGUUUGCAAGCCCGGCCCCGGCCCCGGCUGGUUUACUUACUUGCUUGUUUGCUGACAGAAAAUGGUGCUGGCAAAAGAACGGAAAUGGAAAAGGUUGUGGGCUGCAAGGUAGAUAACAUAUGACCCGCCUGCUCUGGUGAGCCACGAUAUCAGAGGAGUCUACCUAUCAGGCCGAAUCACAUCUUAGCUCUAGACUGCGAAGAAGAUCAUUCCAUGACCUCUUCAUCAAGCAGCAGGCAGCAGACAGGGAACAUCGGCAAGAAGCUAGUUCUGGCCGUUGAGACUCGGCUGUAACGACGAACGCUCAGAAACUAGCCGUUCACACAAGCCAGGCUACACAAGCACUCACCUGUGCAAAGGGACUUGGGAUCACAGAUAUGUAUGUAGUUCGCGUCAUGCUCCUCACACCCAAAAAGGUUUGAUUCAUGUUAAAAUUGGAAAUGUGGCCAAUCACUCAUCUCUUUCUUCUCUUGGCCCCCUCCUGGACAUCACCUGGCUCGGUUGUUUCAGGGACUACUGUGUCAUCUACGCAGAGUAUCACAGAUGGCGAACCGAGUCUCCUAUCUGCGUUCACCGUACCUGCUGCUUUUCCGACUUCGGUGUUUCAGAACUACUAUGUCACCCCUGGGCCGACCACGGACAGUCAACCUCAACCCGUGAUUAUUGACCCGGUGUCAAACGUGACCUUCCCUUUUAACCUCACAAACCCAGACAGGACACCGACUCAUGGUCUGGACCCAAUUCUGUAUCCCCCAGCUCUGGCCAACCUGACAUACAAAGAUGCCAACACCCUAGUCCACGAUGCCAUCAACUCAAUCUGGGCCAUCUUGGAAACCAGCACAUCAGACAACUGCUCCAAAUGCACAGCUUCCCUGUUGGUCGGUCAAACCGUGGCCAGAUUUGCGCCUGCGCGGUUGCCUGAGGUUAUGAUAUCCCUUUGCAUUGGGACAGGAUUUCAAACAGCAGCUGUGUGUGAGCAGACAUACCAGGCCGCCACUUACGGCGCUCCAUGGACACAGGUGUUGACUUUUGCCAAUGUAUCGGGACUGGAUGGACAGUAUAUCUGCGCCUGGCUGAGUCCUACUUUCUGCCCUCCACCUACAGUCGUUCCAUAUAAAGUCCAGUUUCCAAAACCAAGGCCGGAAAAAACCAAAACACCAUCCAGGAGCGGGAAAAGAGUCAAGGUCCUGCACCUGUCGGACCUUCACCUGGACACCCGAUACAAAACUGGUUCUGAAGCAAACUGUACUGCUGGGAUGUGUUGCAGGAUCUCCUCAACCCACUUUUCGAACUUGAACUCAACUCAAGCUGUUAUCAAUCAGCCGGCACCACUUUUUGGUUCUUACAAGUGUGAUUCGCCCUACUACCUAGCACUUGCCGCGCUCCAAUCCAUUCUGCCCCUGACUGGUGUUUCAAUCGAGAACCCACCAGCGUUUACUUUGUACAGUGGCGACUUGGUUGCCCAUGAAAUAGAAAGUGCGAGCGGAAGAGAAUAUGUGCACUCCACGGAGGUGUCCGUUUGGCAAAUGUUCAAGGCAUACAUCGGGGGGCCCAUCUAUGCGGCACUUGGUAACCACGACUCAGUCCCAACCAACCUCGAAAGUCCUCACUCCAUCGACCGCAACGGGCCUCUCGGCCAACAAUUCUCCUGGCACUACGAUCAUAUCUCCAAGCUCUGGGAGCACUAUGGUUGGAUCGACAAUGCUACUCAGACCCAAGCUUCUUUGCAUUAUGGCGGCUACUCUAUUGGCCAUCCGCUGGGCUUGAGGAUUAUUACAAUCAACACCGAUUUUUGGUACCAAGCCAAUAAUUUUGCAUUUCUACAUGCUGACAACCCAGACUACUCGGGAAUUUUCUCCUUUCUCGUGGAAGAGCUUCAGAAAGCUGAGGACGAAGGCCAACGGGUAUGGAUCAUGGGCCAUGUGCCCACCGGCUGGCAGGGCCAAAAUGCUCUCCCUGGGGGGUCGGAUGCUUUCUAUCAAAUCAUUGAGCGAUACUCUCCGCAUGUAAUUUCUAACGUGUUUUUCGGUCACACCCAUGAAGACCAAGUUUCCAUUUUCUACAGUAACAAUGGAACUUUACAAACAGCAUAUGAUGCUCUUGUUACGGCAUGGACCGGCCCCUCAUUGACCCCGUUAACCAACCUGAACUCGGGUUACCGCCUGUACGAAGUCGACACUGGCACAUGGGAAAUAUUCGAAGCCUACACUUACUACGCUGACGUCAACACCUUCACUACUCUCAAUGGUACCGGGCCAGUCUUCCAACUGGAAUACUCUACACGCGAGGCCUACAGUCCAGCGGGAGACUGGCCUGAGGGCGAACCUCUAAACGCCACGUUUUGGCAUCGAGUCACAGAAGCCAUGGAAAAGGACAAAGGGCUGGUCAGUCUGUUCAACACCUACCAAGGGAAGAGUAGUAUCAGGAGUCCAAACUGUACAAGUGAUGCUUGCGCAGCAGGGAAGAUCUGCUACAUAAGGAGUGGCAGCACUGCCUUGGGAAGGGCUUGUCCGCAAGGCUUUGGCAGUGUCCAAAGCCCAUACACCGGCGUCAACUUCUGAUAAAGACUGUCUUUCAUAGAAAAGAAUAUAUCGUGUGUUGUCUCCUAA